AUGAUUGAACCCUCAAGACGUUGUUGGGGUAUUUGGAAUUAUGUUGCAUUGUGGCUAUCAGAUUCGAUCAACAUUGGUACAUGGAUGGAUAUCAGUGCUAUUAUAGGAGGAGAUAGUGGUAUGUCUUGGUGGGAAGCAUGGCUCUGUAUUUGGAUUGGUUAUACAAUAAUUGCUGUAUUUAUCUGUAUUUCAGGCAAAACUGGUGCUAUCUAUAACAUAUCAUUUCCUGUGAUUGGACGUGCAUCAUUUGGUAUUUUUGGUAGUUUUUGGCCUGUUUUAAAUCGAGGUGUAAUGGCAUGUGUCUGGUAUGGAGUACAGGCAUGGAUAGAUGGACAAUGUGUUGUCAUUUGUAUUCGUGCAAUUAUACCAUUGUAUUAUUAUAUACGAAAUACACAUCCUAUAUCAUUCGGUACUAAUACACGAGACUUUAUUGGAUUUAUGAUCUUUUGGUCAUUAUCAAAUAUUGGACCUUGGUUUCCAAUUCAAAAGAUGCGUCAUUUAUUUACAGUAAAAGCAAUUAUUGUUCCUAUUGCUGGCAUACUUUUCUUUAUAUGGGUUGUUGUAGCAGCUAAAGACAAUACGCCACCAUCAGGUACACGUGUUGGUGUAUUUUGUAUUUCACUUUCAUUUUGUCUCGCACAAUUGGGUGUAAAUAUUGCUGCUAAUAGUAUUUCUGCUGGAUGUGAUUUAACAGCUAUUUGUCCAAAAGAUUUAAAUAUUAGACGAUCUGCUUAUACAGGGUGGGCCGUAAGUAAAGGAACAAAAACGUUAUCUCAUAGUAAGGGACACCGAUAA